AAUCAAACAACUCUACAGGCCUGCACCACCUCACCAUUGACGAGCUGAAAGGGGAGAGAUCUACCCCUGGAAGUGAUGUCAGCUCUCUCGGCAUAGACAUGUUCCAGGACCUGGAGGAAGCUGGGACCGGGACGUCUGCAUCAACUUCACGGGCGGAUGAUUUCAUCAGAAUGGUAAGGAGGUUACCAGGGAUGAUGCAGACCCUGCGUCGCAGGUGUAGCAUCGAGGAGCUGAAGGCGCGAGAUCCAGAACUGUGCAUACUUUUGAGCCUUAUCUGUAUUGUUACGUUGCAG